ACAUGAAGUGAUGACUCAAGCCUCCGUCACCCAGCCAUUUUCAGCGAUACUACAGAAAACACGGACGUACGGUCAGCCUCGUGAUACCCGGCAUUGUGCGCGAGCGUGAAUCUAGUCAUCACCCAGACACAACAGUCGACGACGAAACCAAGCUAAAAAAGUGGAGAUUUCCUGCAAAAAUGAUGGGGCAGGGACAAGGUAAAAACCUACAGUUUGAGCCCAAGAAGAACCCGAUCACCGAGGACUACCAAGUCUCAGCGGUGGUGCUGGGGCUCGGCAUCAACGGGAAAGUGCUGGAGGUGUUCUCCAAACAGUCGGGAGAGAAGUUCGCUCUCAAGGUUCUAAGAGACAGUCCUAAAGCCAGGAGGGAGGUGGAGCUACAGUUCCGAGCUUCCAACUGUCCGCACAUUGUGAGGAUAGUAGAUGUGUAUGAGAACAGGUACCAUGGGCACAACUGUCUCAUGGUCCUCAUGGAAUGUAUGGAAGGUGGAGAGUUAUUCACACGUAUCCAAGAGAGAGCAGACCAGGCCUUCACUGAGAGAGAGGCUGCAGGUGUCAUGAGGGACAUUGGGAAAGCAAUCCAGCAUCUGCAUGCCAUGAACAUGGCGCACAGGGACAUCAAGCCCGAGAAUCUGUUAUACACAAUGAAACAGCCAAAUGCAGUUCUCAAACUUACAGACUUUGGCUUUGCCAAGGAGACAAGGGAGACCAACUCUCUAGCCACACCAUGUUACACACCGUACUACGUAGCUCCUGAAGUUCUAGGUCCAGAAAAGUAUGACAAGUCCUGUGACAUGUGGUCCCUGGGAGUCAUUAUGUACAUACUGCUGUGUGGGUUCCCACCCUUCUACAGUAACCAUGGUCUUGCCAUCUCCCCUGGGAUGAAGAAGAGGAUAAGAAACGGCCAGUACGAGUUCCCCAAUCCUGAGUGGAGUGCGGUAUCAGAGCUAGCCAAGAACCUGAUCAACCAGCUGCUGAAGACAGACCCCCAGGAGAGACUAACCAUCACAGAGUUCAUGGCACAUCCAUGGGUAUCUGGAGUUGACAGUGUUCCCCAGACACCCCUUGCAACAGUAAAGGUGUUGGAUGAUGAGAAGGACUAUUGGCAAGAUGUACAGGAUGAGAUGACCAAUGCUCUGGCCACCAUGAGGGUGGACUAUGACCAGAUCAAGAUCAAGGAGAUCUCGGCAUCCAGCAACCCUCUUCUGAACAAGCGGCGCAGGAAGGCAGAGGGGCAGAUAUCCAAGUAAUGAUCGCUGAACGCCUGGAGGGGACUUGGGGAGGGGCAGAUGGAUAAAUAGAGGAAAUAUUGCUAUUUGUAUUUAAUACAGUGUAGUCGGAUUUAGCUUUUCUUGAUAUGAAGAUUUGUGAGCAUCUCUUUUAAGUCACUUUUUUUCCUUACUAUCAUUACACUUUGGGUUAUGGAGAUACUGGAGAAAGAAAUGAUGUGCGAUGAAAUGACUUUUUUUCGUAAUCCCUCUGUUCCCUUGGCAGUAGUUUGAUAGUCCAGUCUGACUUUGUGCAGUUUGGUAUUGAAGACUAAACCACUUGUGUGAGGGGUAAGCACAGGGUAGACACUGGUAACUACUGAUGGGCAAGUAGAAUCUACCAUAGAUUGUAUAAAAUUAAUAGAUAGUAGGAAUAGGAAUAGUUAAUUUCAGCUUUUGAUUUAUUUUGCUUUUAUGUUGUUAAGUAAUCAUUAGUUUAACAGACAUUGUUUCUACUUGACAUUGUGUACAUUCAUAAAUGAAUAUGUAUAUACUGACCAAAAAGAGAAGGAGAAAGUACUCCCUUCAUUAGAUUAGGACUGCAAAGAAAUCAUGAAUAAAAUCCCCGGAAAUGUCAGUUGUAAAUAUUAGACAAGCAUGCUUUUAGUUUCUUUCUUAUUAACAUGCUGUGACAAGGCAACUUCAAUUAAUAUUGCCAAAGUCUGAUUUAUAAAAUCUAAGGGAAAUGAAGGAGAACCAUUUGAAAAUAAUGAUCAACAUGCCAAGAGACCAGAGCUGUCUUGAGCUUUAAAUUUUCUUUCCGUCCCACUCAUUGUUUGGGAGGCCAUGUUGUUGAUUUUCAUUGUUAAGCCUGUCAUUUUAAUCUUAUGAAAUACACUUUCAUAAACAGACUUUUUUGACAAACAGGGUGAAUUCUUUGUCCCAACAAAUUUCUGUCCCUGUACAGAAGGACAGGUCCUGGAGACAGACUUGCAACAGAAAUCAGCAGGCACUUAAUCAUGCCAACAGCAUUCAAUUGUUGCGGCCUUGUCUGCAAUAACUGCUGUAAUUAGUGGCUCACAUUGAUGCUUCUGUGCUGUAGAACAUUUGCUCUGCAAUGAUUGUAAAGAUGUAUUUAGAAGACACUGUACUCUGAUGUACAUGUAACAAUCUACUAACUGGAUGAUAUAUAUGUCAUCUGAUUAAAAAUGAAAUAGUAAAAAGUUGUGUGCAGUUUGAUCUGAUUAAGGAUUGAAUUUGAAAAUGUAGAUGAAAGAUGGAGUAUUCAUCGGUAUUAACCUGCAAUUCCUUGUAUGGAAUUUCUUGUAUGGAUUCUAGUGGGUAGAUUUUAUGCUUAUUUGUGUAGAUGUUAUCACACAACUAAAGUUAGGUCACUAUUAUAUUUAUAUCGAAGUGAGCACACCUCAUGAAUGGAAUUUCCCACUAGAAGGCAGAAUGGGAAUUUAGCAUUUUGUCUGGGAUUUAUUUAUUCCACUUUAAAUCAUAUUUCCCAUUCUGUACACAACUGUCAUACAUUUGUAGUCAGAGGAUUAUAACUAACAAAAUCAUAUGGAACUGCAAGGGAACUUAUUGCAUGUACAAACUGUAUAUGGAGUCUAUUUUCUCAUAAACCCUGAACGAUAAUCCAGGCCUAUGACAUAUGGAAUACCUUGAAAGGAUAUACACAAAAAGUAAGUUGUGCAAAAGAUGCGAAGUGUUUGGUAUGAUGUGUAGAUUAUGAUUAAGAAAAUCUUCAUAUCUUGUUGUAUGUUAUGAGACAUAAUUGGAUUGAUUUUUUUGUUUGAAAUUGAUGUUUUGGUGACGUCAUGGAUUAAUAAAUGUUUAGUUGCUUAUAUGUUAUUCUAGGCCAUUGACUUAAGAUCCAUAUUUUUGAAAUACAUGUGCAGUAGAGA